AUGCAGGCACUCGGGGUCCCUUUUUUGCUGUUUUCUGGGCUUUUCUGGGGCCACUCCUGCGCUCUCAGCGGAAAAGUCAACAAGCACAAGCCGUGGAUAGAGACAUCUUACCAUGGUGUGAUCACAGAGAACAUGGACACGGUGUUGCUGGACCCUCCACUUGUAGCUUUGGACAAGGAUGCCCCGGUCCCCUUUGCUGGGGAGAUUUGUGCCUUUAAGAUCUAUGGUCAGGAGGCUCCGUUCGAGGCAGUGGUAUUGAAUCGCACAUCAGGGGAAGGAGUCCUGAGAGCCAGUGGUCCUGUGGACUGUGAGAGUCAGAAAGAGUACACCUUUAUUAUCCAGGCCUACGAUUGUGGAGCUGGACCCAGCGGGGCUGACUGGAAGAAAUCUCACAAGGCGGUGGUUCACAUCCAGGUGGAUGACGUCAAUGAGUUUUCCCCUGUGUUUCGGGAGCCACUGUACAAAGCAUGUGUAACAGAAGGAAAGAUCUAUGACAGCAUUUUGCAGGUGGAAGCUUGGGACCAAGACUGUUCUCCACAGUACAGCCAGAUCUGCAACUAUGAAAUAGUCACUGCAGGCACACCAUUUGCCAUAGACCGCAAUGGUAAUAUCAGAAACACAGAGCGACUGAGCUAUGACAAGCAGCAAAGCUACAAGAUUAUGGUGACGGCCUUUGACUGCGGUCAGAAGAGAGCAAGAGAGGAUGUUGCUGUGCAUAUUGAUGUCAAGCCUGUCUGCAAACCUGGAUGGCAAGGAUGGAACAAGCGAGUGGACUAUGAGCCAGGGACUGGGAGCAAGCAACUCUUUCCUAAGAUGCACUUGGAAACAUGCGGUGGUCCCUUAUCUGGUGUGAGAGCCAUGGUAGAGCUGCAGACCAAUCACAUUGGGAAAGGCUGCGACCGGGAAACUUACUCUGAGAAGUCUUUGCAAAAACUCUGUGGUGCAGCGUCAGGCAGCACUGAUCUCCUUCCUGCCCCCAGCCCUUCCACUAACUGGACUGCAUCUUUGCUGACUGACAGCGGGCGAGACAGCGACCUCAUCUACCAAUUCGAUGGACACCGGGCCGCUAAUGUCCCAGAUCACGUAGUGCCCCAAAACCUGACAGAUCAGUUCACCAUAGCAACAUGGAUGAAACAUGGACCCAGUCCAGGACUUAGAGCUGAGAAGGAAACCUUACUGUGUAGCUCUGACAAAACUGAAAUGAAUCGACACCAUUACUCGUUGUAUGUUCACAACUGCCGCCUGGUGUUCCUGCUCAGAAGAGAUUUCACUCAAGUCGACACUUUCAGACCUGCUGAGUUCCACUGGAAACUGGAGCAGCUGCCCAGUGUGCUGAAGGCAGUUGUUCAGUGUGUUUGUGACGGGAUCUUCGCUCUCAGCUCUACAUGUGGUGAAGUAGCAACCCCGAGGUUCACCCAGUAUUUCCAUGGCAGCCUGUCAGGUCUGACAAUCCGACCAGGCCGCAUUGAAACCCAGAAGGUUAUCUCCUGUUUGCAGGCCUGCAAAGAAGGCCUUGAUAUCAAUUCCCUUGAAAGCCUUGCUAAGGACAUCAAGUUCCAUUUUAACCCUGCACAGUCUGUGCUGGUGGUAGAAGGACAGGAUGUGGACAGCAUCAACACAGCCAUGACCAAGGUCUCGUACAUUAACUCUCGCCAGUUCCCUACACCUGGUCUGCGACGAUUACACAUCACCACCACUGUGCAGUGUUUCGGGGAGGACACGUGUCUCUCCAUCCCGGACAUUAAGGCAAUAGUUAUGGUCCUUCCUCCCAGUGAACCGAGAAUCACCAUUACAGGAUCUAAUCGACUCGUCAGGCCUGCCAGCGACCUGCGGGGCCCGCUUGGUGUGGCUCCAUUCAAAGAGCUUCACAUCACCAGCACAGUAAUGAAGGGAGACAGCUUCGGUGGAUCCCGCAGGCCAGGUGUGAUGGAGGUCAUGCAUAACCUGGACUACUGUGACGUCCUGGUGAUUGGGGAAGAACUGAAUCCUGAGAGAGAGAGUCUGGAGAUUCAUCACAGUGCUUUGUUGGGAAAACAUCUGGAUGCUACCAACUCCACCUCUGGCAUAUCAAUAUAUGGUGUGGAUUCCAUGGCCCACUACGAGCAGGCACUGAGGCAGGUGCGCUAUAGGAAUGGGCGUCCCACCUCCCUGAGCGAAAGAAAGUUUAGACUUACCUGCUCUGAACUCAACGGAAGAUAUACCAGCAAUGAAUUCAACUUGGAGGUCAGUCUUCUUCACCACUCCGCACCAGUGGAGCAUAUCAACCAUAUGGCCGCUCAGCCCCAGUACAUGAGACCCGUCCACCACCCACUCAUGAUACACACUAUGAACUCACACAUGUCAGGGGCAGCACCUCCCGCAGCCACAGCAGUUAUUGUGGUUUGUAUCGCCGCCCUGGUGGUGAUUGUGGUGAUUGGCGUCUACAGAAUCCACACCACACAUCAGGAGGGGUCUAGCGAGGAUGAGGAUGGAGUGAAAGACGCUGAGGUGGACUGGGACAAUUCUGCACUCACCAUCACUGUCAACCCCAUGGAGAACGUAAGAGGAGAUCAGGCACUCAGUGAAGAGGUAAAAGAAGAAGAACGCGAGGAGGAGGAGGAAGAAGAAGAGUAUGAAGAACAGGUGGGAGGAAUGAUAAGUACCGAGUCAGACAACAGUGAUGAAGAGGACGAGGAGGAGGAAGAGGAGGAGAGGGAAGAGGCGAAGGGGAGAAAGCAGAAGGGGAAGCUUGAGUGGGACAGUUCCUCCAUUACAUAUUGA